CUAUUAUCGUAAUUAAUAAAUAACGAUCAAUCUAUACAAAAGUAAGACAUUACCAGAAUGAUCUUUGUUCUUCAUGUCAUUAACUUGUUAAUGACAGCUGCAGUAGUUAACACUAAAGUCUCUAAUCCCUAUAUGGAUGAGAUAUUUCAUAUAUCUCAGGCACAACAAUAUUGUCGUGGCGAUUUUUACAGUUGGGAUCCAAAACUAACGACACCACCAGGACUAUACUUGUUAAGCAAUGUAUUCGUAUAUGUUGGAAAGCUGUUUAACUAUGAUCUUUGUACUGUAAAUGCAUUACGUUUCACAAAUAUCUUAUUUUCAAUUGGACUCUACUUUAUUCUGGUGUCAUUAACAAAGACUUCAAGAGUGUAUGCAUUAAGCUUAGCAUGGUUUCCAGUUGGAUUCUUUUAUAAUUUCCUUUAUUACACAGACGCGGGCUCAACUUUUUUUGUUUUAUUGUCAUAUCUUUUAGUGAAAAGGAGAUGGUAUCGAUUAUCUGGUGUUAUGGGUAUUGUCUCUAUGACCUUUAGACAGACUAAUGUUAUAUGGGUAUGCUUGUUUAUGAUGGUUACCAUUAUAGAUACAUUAUCCUUAAAUGAAAGUAGUAAAAAAAACGACGAUCAUAGUAAUUGUUUAUACAAUCCUUUAUGUGCUACUAUUAUGAAUUCACCAGUACAAAUGCUUCGAUCUAUCUUGAGUCUUACUGUAAACAUAUUAGAAAAUUUCAAGACUUUAUUGCCCAAUAUAGUGACAUUUUUAAUUGCAAUAUUUUCGUUUGCCUUGUUUCUAAUAUGGAAUAACGGUAUAGUUUUGGGAGAUCGUUCAAAUCAUAUAGCUGGUCUUCAUUUCCCUCAAUUGUUUUAUUUUACUUCUUUCUUAUCUUUCUUUUCUGCCCCUUGGACAUUAUCUUUAACGGCCAUUUCUGAUUUAAUAUUUCAUUCAAGCAUAAAAAAAAUAUUGUAUGGUCUUUUAUCUUGCGUAGUAAGCUUAUAUUUGGUUUUUAAAUACACAUAUGAGCAUCCGUUUAUUUUAAGUGAUAACAGACAUUACAGCUUUUAUGUUUGGAAGAAAGUUUAUAGACGUCACUGGACUAUACGUUAUUUAUUGACUCCAGUUUAUGUUCUUAGCGAAAUAUUAAAUUUUCAAGCUUUUGCAAAUCACACAAGUUUCUUGUUAGCUUUAGGAUAUUUAACUGCACUUGUCUUGACUUUGGUCCCAUCUCCCUUAUUAGAAUUUCGUUAUUUUAUUAUUCCCUUUUUAUUCUACAUGGUACAUAUCCCACCUCCAAAACAAACUUGGCGUUUAUUAAGUGGUUUGGCGUUUUAUAUAUUCAUCCAUCUUAUUACUCUUUAUCUCUUUUUAUUUAAGCCAUUUGUUUGGUUAAAUGAGCCAAAUCAAUUACAAAGAUUUAUGUGGUAA